AUGGCGCACACAUUCGAGAUGGACAAGGUGACGCUCACCGAGGCCAUAUUAGGCUUUCCUGACCUCAAUAUCUGUGAGAAGGAACGAGACGAAAAUGAGGUCGCCGGACUGCAGCCCGCCCUCCUUUCCGUCCGGCGCCGCAAAGUAUUUCACACGCACGGGGGCACACGGCCGCGUCUCUGUCUUGCUCAUUUCGUCCCCGCGUCGGCCGCCCCGCUGUCUCCCGCCACCGCCCACCUUCCCGCCCGCUCGCUCGCCUUCGCGCCGCCGACCACCGCCGCCGAGAUGGGCUCCCUCGGCGGCUACGUCUCCCCCUACGGCGUCUAUCUCGACCAGCAGCGCGUCUUCUUGCUCGUCAUCAACCGCCGGCCGCGGGACCUCUUCGACUACUUGCACUCCAUCCCCGGAGCGCCCGCGGACCUGCGAUGCCGCCUCGUCGGCUUCGCCGAGAGGGCUCUCCUGGCGCCGCGGCUGGGAAACUGGUGGCCUGACGAGAGCUCGUGGACCCUGUAUUGGGCGAUGUACGCGUGGGCUCACGCAGACGCAAUGCUUAACAGACUUUGUGCGCCUCAGAUAUCUGGUAAUCCAUCCAAUUUCGAUGCAGCACUAGCAUUUGCGAACCUAUCCCUGGGCCAACCGGGAUCCCAGCAAAUGGCUCCACAGGAGCUGAUGCAGAACAACUAUGGUACACCUGCAAUGAGAGUACCAUCUCUGCACCAACCUGGACCAGCGCAACUCACUCCACAGGGGCUGAUGCAGAACAGAGAAGUGCUGCCCACAGUAGAUAUCAAAGGAAAGGGACCUGCAUUAGGAGUAGGCCAGCAAGAACUGCGGGUCCAUGUCGCUUGUUUGAUGGCAGAUGACGGCACUACAGGUGCUGCGGGAUUGUUGAUCAAGAGGGAAACGUGGCAGUUCAUCUGCGCGUUAUGUUUUCCGAUGCGGAGCACGGAGGAGACGGUUCUUUUUGCAGCUGCUUGUUGUGAAGGGAUCAAAGUUGCUCUGGCCUAUCAACCUACUAGCAUUGUGCUGGAGUCCCAUCUAUUCCAUCUGGUCGACCUGCUACUUGGCGGCGCUCAAGCUCCCUGCCGAGAUAUGGAAGAGUUGACGGCAUUACUGCAGCUCUCACGUUGCAGAGUGCAGCACAUCACGGAAGAUUCCAAUGGCGCUGCUCGUCGACUGGCCAUGCAUUGUUUGCUGAGAGAGGAGGCCGAGAUAUACUUCAGUGCUCCUGAUUGGCUUGUCCUUACUUAGCUGGUUGCCAAGGUCAGUCAUGUUAGUUACUCUGGUAUAGAGAAUGAUUCGCAAACUACUGUAUAGGAAGUUAGAAAGAGACGGUGAAUGCUGUAGAUGGCAACUGCAGGCUUGAUAGAGUUUAGAUGCAGAGGUUUGCGAGCGUUCAGCAAGUGUAGAUACAGCUGAAUAGCAUUCUUUUAGUGCCCGUGUGGGGAAAAACACAGGUAGCUGUGCCCGCAAUGGUACACUUUUGUUAUGAAUUGUGUGGCUACUAUCUUGUCGAUGAACUGUGUAACUGCUACGUAGUUCUGAGCGCUGUGAUGUAAACUUGUGUAAGAGUAGGGCCACUGGGCCAGGCACUGAUAACUGAUUCGUGUAUGAGAUGGAAGAAAGUAUAUCAGUUUUGGUUCUUAAGUAAUCUUUGUUCCUGCAGUUUAUUCUGCAUACUUCGUUCGCCACAUUUUUCCUGCUUGUAGCAUGUUGAGGAAAAUUGGCACCAGAAACCAGUGUUGGGGAUCAGUUCAUG